UUUUAAUUGACAGUUCAGUACAAUCGAGCCUGACGAGGUGUGUCAUUCAUAAACAAGAUCGCUGCGAGCUAACUUGUUUAUGCAAAAAAUCACUGCUUCACUGGGCCUAUUCUUUUGCGGGAAAUUGUCUAAUAAAUUGUGACACUUGAAAUAUAAAUAUGUCGAAAAAGGUAUUUUCAUCAGGAGGUACUGGGGGUUAUCAUCUUGGAGGAGCUGGAAAAUCAAUCUCUAAAGUGGCAAAACCCGAAGAUGCUGUACCACACAAUGGUGUCCCAGCAAGUAAACUUAAACAGCAUUGCUUAAAAGAAGGAGUCCUUUUUGAAGAUCCAGAUUUUCCUGCAGUUGAUGCCAGCUUAUUUUUUUCCAAAAAGCCUCCAAGACCAUUUGUAUGGAAGAGACCACAGGAAAUUGUUGCAGACCCUCGCAUGUUUGUGGGUGGUGCAAGCAGAUUUGACAUCACACAAGGGAUGUUAGGUGACUGUUGGUUGCUUGCUGCUGUUGCUGCUUUAUGUCAAUAUGAGGGCCUAUUAUUUCAAGUUGUUCCCAAGUCACAGCCUUUAUCUUCCAAAGACAAGGACUAUUGCGGAUUGGUAACCUUUCGAUUUUGGCAAUAUGGUCGCUGGGAAGAAGUUGUAGUUGAUGAUCGUCUACCAACAUACAAUAACCGUCUUGUGUUCUUACAUUCUGCACAGAAUAACGAAUUUUGGUCUGCUUUAUUGGAAAAAGCAUAUGCAAAGUUAUGUGGCUCAUAUGAAGCUUUAAAAGGUGGUCAAACCAGUGAAGCUAUGGAAGAUUUCACUGGAGGUGUCACAGAAACGUUUAACAUGGCUAAAGCACCUCCAAAUUUCUUCAAGUUACUCACAAAAGCUCAAGAUCGUCAAUCUCUAAUGUGCUGCUCCAUUGAAGCAAAACCAAAUGAAAUUGAAGCUAAACUUGAUAAUGGUCUUAUCAAAGGUCAUGCAUAUACUAUAACAGCUGUGUCCAAGGUUAAAGCUAAUACCAGAAAGGGUCCAGUUGAAGUUGAACUUAUUAGAAUUCGUAAUCCUUGGGGAAAUGAGCGUGAAUGGACAGGCGCAUGGAGUGACGAGUCAGAUGAAUGGAAGAUGUUAAGUGAGGAAGAGAAAAGUAACAUUGGAUUAAACUAUGACGAUGAUGGAGAAUUCUGGAUGUCUUUUGCUGAUUUUUCAAAGAACUAUACACGUGUUGAAGUAUGCAUGUUAAGUCCUGACUCAGCUGGUGAAUCUGAUCGUAAACGCUGGGAAAUGCAGAUCAAUCAAGGUUCAUGGCAAUCUCAUGUUUCUGCUGGUGGCUGUCGAAACUUUCCUGACACCUUUUACCUUAAUCCUCAAUACAUAGUGAAGCUUGAAGAUCCUGAUGAUGAUGAUGAAGUAGAUAACUGUACUAUUGUUCUUGGCUUGAUUCAGAAAGGCCGAAGAAAGCAGAAGAGAGUCGGCGCUCAGAACUUGACGAUCGGAUUUUCCAUAUACAAGCUUGAAGACGACGUUGACCAGUAUAUGGACAACGAUCGGUUGUCCAAAGAUUAUUUCUUAUACCACAAAUCAUUUGCUCGAUCUGAGAACUUUGUCAACGCUAGAGAAGUUACAGGGCGCUUUAGCUUGCCGCCUGGUGAAUACGCCAUCUUACCAUCAACUUUUAAAAACAACGAAGAGGGAGAUUUUAUUUUCCGAAUGUUUUCUGAGAAAGCCCACGGUUCAAGCUGCAUGGAUACCCAAACACAAAUCGAGUACAAACCGAAGAAGGUGUCUGCCACAGAUAACGCGAAGUUUGAUGAAAAAUUCAAAGGCUUUUUUGAGAAAGUUGCGGGCUCCGAUGGCGAGAUUGAUGCAUUUGAAUUGCAACGUAUCUUAAACCAAGCCUUUAAAGCCGAGAUCGAGGGUAAAGAAUUAAGUUUAGAAGCUUGCCGAAGUAUGGUAGCUAUGGUUGACGUUGAUCGAAGUGGUCGACUUGAAUAUCCAGAGUUCCGAGAGCUGUGGACCACGAUUAUGGAAUGGAAGAACAACUUCAAAACGUAUGAUAAAGAUAAUAGCGGAGAUAUGAAUGCUGUCGAACUUCGCGGUGCAUUAGCGAAGUUGGGAUUUAAACUCAGUACACCGGUGCUUUCAUCGCUGACACUUCGAUAUGCAAACAGAAAAGGAAAUAUAAAUUUUGACGAUUUCUUGCAGAUUUGCUGCAGAAUAAAGUCGACAUUCGAAUCAUACUUGGGCUAUCAAGGAAAGUCAUUCUCUCUUGAUGACUACAUCAUGUCAGCCGUCUAUACUUAAAGAAAAAGAAGUCAAGUCGGAAUGUUGGUUUUAGUGUGCAUAAUGUAUUUUUAGUCUAGUUGGUACACUCAAAACUAACUGACCAAUUUUUUAAUUUUUCUAAUUUUUUUUUCUAAAUUUUGCAAUCCAUCCGCUUCUAUAACAUUAGAAUUUAAAAUAUUAAAAAUUUUACAAAACAUUAUGAAUACUGAUCAUUUUUUUGUAUCAUAUAUACUGUGUGGUUUGUUUUGCAUGUUCUCAUUAUUUCACAGCCGCGUGUAACACUCUCCACCUUUGGGUGUAUUUUCUAAAAAUUCACAUACAUCAGCGUACACUUUUAAUAUUUAUUUUUGUACCGUCUGGUCAGCUUUCGUUUCCUAUAUUGUAUUACUGUAUGCACUAAAUAAUGAUUAAUACUCAAAUAUACUUCGAGAAGGGAUAA